UGCACUUUUGCCGUACAUCCUCCUAGUCUCCAUCUUCAUCCCAACACUGCUGCAACCAGGUGCUGUAGAUGGCUUACACUUCUAUGUCAUACCGGACUUCAGCAAACUGCUUGAUAUACAGGUGUGGCUGGAAGCAUGUUUGCAAGUGUUUUAUUCACUGGGACCAGGCUUUGGGAUGAUUGGUACUGCUGCGAGCUACAAACACUUCAAUGAACCAUGUCUCAGAGAUUGCCUCAUACUGACAAUAGUCUCAGAAGGAACCAGUAUCUUCUCUGGCCUCGUGACGUUUGCUACCCUCGGGGUCAUGUCACAGAAAACGGGUGUUCCAAUUGAAACCGUUGUAUCAAGUGGUCCAGGUUUGGGAUUUGUAACCUAUCCAGAAACCCUGGCACAACUUCCUCUUCCUCAGCUGUGGUCAUUCCUGUUCUUUCUGAUGUUGCUAACAGUUGGUCUGGAUUCACAGUUCAUGGGUGUUGAAGUCGUUAUUACUGCUCUGGUUGAUCAGUAUCCACAGCAGCUGGGCAAAAAGAGGAUCCUUGUAACUGGAGGAUACUGCCUCAUCGCAUUUCUUCUUGGAAUCAUAUUCUGCACACAGGGAGGGCCGUACAUGUUUCAGCUGGUGGACUGGUAUAUAUUCUCCCUUGGACCAAUGGUGAUAUGUACACUGGAGUGUGUCGCCGUGGCAUGGAUCUACGGUAUAAAUCGGAUCAGUAGCGACGCUAAGAUGAUGUUUGGGAAGCAACUGGCGAUGCCUGUAAAGAUCCUCUGGGCAUUCGUAACACCAACAAUCUUAAUAACAGCUUUCAUCCUGACACUUCUCCGCUACCAGCCACCAACCUAUGGCAAGUACGUGUUUCCUAGCUACGCCUCUACAAUCGGCUGGAUCAUUGCAGUGCUGCCCCUUCUACCGAUACCAGUCUACAUGGUCAUGACUGUCAGGAAGCACAUGACGACCAAUUCCCUGAAGAAGAGUAUAAAGAUUGCCUUGAGGCCUGAUGCUGAUUGGCGUCCUGCAAACUCCAGAUGAGGAGGAUCAACAAACAGCACGACCACCUUUAAAACUUCCAGCAAG